GGUCUCCGGUUGGAGAGACUUUCCGCCCUCCGACCUCAUCGACCUCACCGUGCCGGCGGCGCUGCAACCGGGCACCACCUACCGGCUUACCUUCCCGCCGGGCGCCGUCGCGGAUGACAGCGGCAACAUCUGGACCGGGCGGAGCCUGACCUUCACGACCCUGGCGUCGCUGGGCGAGGAGGCCGAGGUCGCGGUCGAG